GCUAUUGCUCGACAGCUGCAGGAGAAGGAGAAGAUCAGAGAAGAAAGGAGGAAACAAAAACAGAUGGAAGCCAACAUUCAGGAAGAUUACUACGAGGAUCGUGGAGCUGCACACUCCCUCGAUGUGGACAAACGCACCCGUCAGAAAUCACGGUCUCCUGGCCGACACGAUUUGUACUCUCUGGAGCGCUCGCCUCGGGAUCACACUCCAGAUCAACACUCAACAGAUCCCAAAAAGAGCGGACACCCGAGACAAGACUCGACGGCCCCUCGUAGCCAUUCCAAACAUCCGGAGCAGUACUUGGGGACCACCGACGGAGGGCGUAGUAGGCAUGCAGAUCCAUAUCCGGAGCACCUGCUGCCCUCCAGAGGCAAGCACGAAGACGGAUAUCCAGAGUUUGAAUCUGCACAUACCAGAAGAGCCAGAGAAGAAGGAGGGAGAGACGCUGAUCGAGUGGUGAGGAGGAAAGAGCGACCGGAGAGACCUCCUGGACCACCUUCACCAAAUAGUCCUUCAGAGAGAGAUGAGGUCUGGAACAAAGAGAGACAAAGACACGACAGGGGAAGAGAUUAUAACUUGGACAAGCGUGUAGAAAAAGAUUAUAGGAGAGACAGGGAGCAGGACCUCAGGCCAGUGAGAGACAGGGAAGAAUUCAGAGAUCGAGGAACGAGUGGAGACAGACACAGAGAGCAGGACAGACCGAGACAAAAAGACAAAGACAGGCAACGGGGCAGGAGCAGGGACAGGGAUCUCCAAGAGGACUUUUUGCAAGACAAGCGACGAGGCAGGAGCAGGGACAGGUGUCUUGAUCUGGACUCUAUAGAACAAGGACGCAGUAGAGACCGGCCCAGAGAGAGCAGGUCCUCGUGGGAGGAGGACGAGGUGGGCGGUGAGAGGAGGGCCAGGAGCUGGCUGCGUGUCCACUCGAACCCUGUGGAAGUGUUUGACGAAUGCGUGAAUGUUAAAGGACAAGGAGACAGGGAGACGUGGGACCCCCAGCAGGGGGACAGCAGUCAUAAAGAGACAGGUCGUAUUGUGCACAAAGGAAGUGGGACGGUCAUACCAGAAACGGAGUACGGGCUGAGGGAGGCCACCCAGGGGCUGACAACUCUCGAUCUCCACGAGCAGGAGCUGAAGGACAUGGAGGUUGCAAGAAGACUCCAAGAGGAGGAAAUCAAGGCAAGCAAUAUGCAUGUUCGUGCAGCCCAACUGGCAAAAGAUGAGGAAGUAGCCCGACGCCUGGCGGAACACGAGAAGAGAGAGUACAGAAAGAAUCGAGAGAAGGAGCGAGAGAGGUUGGCCUCGGAGAAGAUGGGGAUGGAGAGAAGGCGGCACGAGGGAAGCUACAGGGCAAAUUCAGAGGAAAUCGUACGGCCCAGAACACGAGACGAAUAUGAUCAUCACAGGCAGAGAAACCAACACAAAUCUGCCAGGCCUCCUCAGCCUCAUACACAUGACUAUGAGAAUGUGAACCCUGGCUAUGUCCACCCUGCUUCCGCUCGUCCCACCACAAGACCUGAUGCUGCUUACAGAGGUGCCUAUCACAAGCACUGACUUGGGCUCCAAACCCAGUGUGGACGUGCUGUUAGUCCUUUGUCCUGUUUUUUAUUUUUUUAUGUUUUGUUCUAUUUAUUUACCAUAUUUCUUUUUGACCAUUCAUAUUUUUUGACCAAAAUCAUAGAGACAAUCUAAUGAGUUUUGGAUUUUUAUUAUUUUUUUAAUUUUUAUGUUUUAAAUCUUCCAAAGUUGGCCAGUAUGUCAGGUGUGUUGGGUCUCAGAGUGCUGUAACAGUACUUUUCUAUUUGAAUUACGUCAUUUUUAGUUUUAUUAAGCGACCUGACGUUAGCACUAGCCAAAGGACCAGUGUUGGGAGACCAACUCCCACGGUUUCAUCAAUGCUGUUGGGAGUAAAUGAAGUGACUUUUUACCUUGCUGUGGUCAUCAUGUGCUGAUGUUUGUCCCGUCUGUGGAUCGUGCCAUCAUGAGGGCAACAAGCAGGCUCUUCUCCAUGUGCCACACAGCCUGUGACUUUGAAAAAAAAAACCAUUUCUAUUGCUGUAGUUUACUUAAAGAAGCAAAAAAUAAUAAUGUAAAAUAAAAAAACAAGCUUUUAUCUUGGUGCUGGCAGUUCUGGCUUUGAUCAAAUUUUGUGGAGCUUUUUGAUGAUCCAUGAACAUUACCUGGCUCUUGGCUGUCGUCUUCUGCUUAUUCAUGGGGCGGGGUUUAUUUYUAUUUUAUUUUUAUUUUUUAGCCUCAUUACCCUUACCUGAAAGUAGUUUGGCUCUGUACGAAGCACUGUUUCUCUGUGCAUGCUUACUGAGAGAGUACAACUGUGUACACGCAUUUCAGAUCUAUACUGAAUCUAGCUCCCACUUACCGUAAUACUCAGAAAGGGCUAAAGCCACGAAAAGCCAAUUCUCUUUGUAAUUGAACAAAAUAUCUACUUGUUCAUAUUCUCUUACUGUACAAAAUGUCUCUUCUGCAACUGUAUCAUAUCAGCUCAGCUUCAUAUUUACAGUCCAAAACUGAACUGCAUGUAUGUUGCUUGUAUGCUUGAAUAUUUGCCUUUUUAUUUUUAAUUUUUUUAUGCUGUCAAAUUUAUGUGAAAUCAAUGUGGAAAAUAUUAAUUAUCUCCUUUGUCUCAAAAUGAUGUGUUCUAGUAGUUAUCUCUGUUCACAAAGGGACCUUUUAUAUUUAUUUUUAUACUGUAUUUUGACUUCCAUGUCAUUGUUCUAAUCUCAUUCCAUGAGCUUUGCCAAUGUCACAUCAAACUUAAACGGCAGCGUCACUUCCUGCCUGCAGAAAAGACAAACAUUUACACAAUACAGCACAAGUGGGUUUGGAUGAAUGGGUCCCAUUUCUGCACAAAUGGACCUAUUCUGUUUUUACGACUCCAAAAAUUUUAUUUAUUUUAUUUAUUUUUAUUUCUAGUAAGUCAAAUGAGAAGCACAUGUAAUCUUUUUAGUUACCAUGAUUCGUUCUUUAAAUACUCUGUGCUGCUUCAGUUUUUUUUUUUAAACCUAAUGUUGCCAAAAUGGUGAGUCGGCAAAGUCAGUUUUCUUUAUCCAAGUAUGAAAUGUUUGUGUCGUGGAGGACAAACCCAGAUGUUUCAUUGAAAGAUUAUGUGCUGAUUGUUGACUGAAAAAGAUGUGUGCCAUAUGUUAAUACUGACCAGACGCCUGAAAAGGACAAAAAUGUAAAGUUGUGGUUGUAGCAAAGCUGCCAUUCUCACUGUUAUGACUCCUUUUUUGUGUUCUUUGAAGAGAGCUCCACCUUGUGGACACCAGGAUGGUUGGACAUGUAUGUAUUCAAACUGAAGAUCUUUGUGGAUGUUGUGAAUCAGGGAUUUGAGCGUUGUCCACAUCAAGUUUCAAAAUCUAUAUUCUAGGGCUUGUAUGCAAUCUAUUGAUUAUGAGUUGUCAUUUUGGGAUCUGCUGUAUCAGAAAAUUAGUUUGAGUUGCAUUGGUUUCCUUUUGGAGCUCCUGAAAGUAUAUUAAAGUGCAUCAGCAUUUCCACUGAAUAAAGUGUACAGAGUGAAUCAUUGAAACAUAACAUUAA